CUAGAAAAUUGUGGUAUACCUAGUGAAAUUAUGUGUAAAAAUUAUAAACAUAGUGUAAUAUAACAAAAACCUGUUGAUUGCGACUGAUUGCUAUUAGGCUAACUAAAAUACGAGAUAAAAUAUUUCAUAAGCAUAAGAAUUUCAUAAUUAGUGUCAAACUACAGUGGAAAAUAUCUAGCUCAGAACUAUGACGCAUACUUUGUUUACGAGUCCUUUAAAUGAUCAAACUAUCUUCCCAUUCAGUACAUAACAUCCGUUCUAAAUUUAGACUCUAAUCAACAUCAGUGCUCUCAAUAUAAAUUGCACAUGAGAUCGCCUCAUUCAAACCAUUGCGUGUACAUAUUUUAUAAUUAUACAUUCCGGACGUUGACAUGUUUAUAAAAAAAGUCCCUACCACCGAAGUUGUCCGCACUGCAGCGUCAAAUCGAUCGCGCCACUACGCAUGCGCAAAUAAGCAACAUUUACGUCAGUGGUCAUAGAACGCGGGUGGGAAGUCGACGACAUGCCGAAACCGACACCCGUCGAAGAUCUCGUGGUUCCUCCACAGGACACUAAAAUAUGUGGAACAAUAUGCAUCUGUCAGAUGACAGCAGUGCUCAGUGCAGUGUCCUUAGUAUACCUAACCGUGGCUAUCUACAUGCCUUACACUCGAGCCAUCGCGUCCGGAAUCGAUCCUACCCCGAUUAUGUGCACAACAACACGGGCGAUUAACAAAGACAACUGUGACUGGGGAUCCUGUGGUGAAUGGUGCCUCAGCAAGACCUCCGGCGCCUGCAUCCAGAUCUACGUCAACGUCAGGAAGAAUGGAACAUCUUUACUUUUGUCUGAAUGUGGAAGUGCGGCCAACAAAACCUGCUUCGGUAUCGAUCAGGAAAACGCUAAGAAGUACCAUUGCAUCAGGGAUGAAUGUAAAAACUUGACUGGUACAUUCAACUGUACUGAAGGGAAAUGUAUCAACAUAACAGACGCCUUCGAGUGCGCCUUCAGAGAAACGGAUCCACCAUUAAAAUGUUCUGGUAGAAGAGGGAAGAUUACUUGUAUAGAUGUACAUGGACUUUUCUCGUGUAACAGAGGCACUUGUCGAAGGAUAAGAACACCGUACAAUUGUGACCGCAGAUGCGUUGACAUUCCUACCCGUAACAAAAACGUGAUAGUUUUAAGUGGGGACAGAGUGUUUUUAGCAAGAUGUGCGAAAUUAGUUCAAGAAGAUAAAGGUGAAAUAGUUUGGACUGAUUCUGGAGAAGAAGUUCUGAUGUUGUCAUGUCAUGCGGUUCACAAUGGAACUCAGGGAGUAGUUGCUAUUGAUUGUAUUAACGCUGCCUUGCUGCCUCGCACUGAUAUCGCUGAUCUGACAAACUUUACAUACUUACAAUACCUGUAUCAAUCUAGAGCAACACCAAAUCGAGUGAUCGCUCCAUCGGAAGUGGAACUGACUCUAGCUAAUGACAGCCGCUUGAUGAUAAACCUGGAAGGAUGUGUUAAUACUCUGGCUGAUGAAUGCAAAGAAUUCUUGAAAGAUUAUGGUCGUGAUGGGACUGACCACAACGCUAAAGCAAGAUUCCCUUGCUUCUACAUGGAGAAUAGCCCUGACACAGUUGUGGCCCGAUUUGAUCUAGAAACUACUUAUCGCCAGUUCUUAGUAGCUUUGGUGCUUCCAACAGUGCUGGUUGUGGUGUCUUGUAUAACUCUGAUGUUGUGUCAACGGACCAUUGAAGUUGGUGAUGACGCGAAGAUGAGAUUUAAGGGUUGCGCUGGUGGUCAGGCUGAUAUGCAAUUGCAUCCAAACGAUCCUGUUUCUCCACUCUGA